AUGUGUUCUUUGAAAAUUGUUUGUCUCCUUGGGGGUAUUGCUUUUGGAAUUCAUCUUGAAGACACAGUGAGGCCCAGAAUCUUCAAUGGGUCUCCCAUCAGGAUUGAAAAUCGACCGUUUAUGGUAUCCUUGAAUCACAAGCGGAAGGGAUUUGUAUGUGGUGGAAGCAUUCUUAAUAAAUAUUGGGUCUUGACUGCAAGUCACUGUCUACCAGAAGGGGAGAAUCCUUGCAAUUACUACAUUCGAGGGGGUUCGACCUACUUGAAUAGCGGUUCCAUCCGAUUUCUGCAGAAGGCAGUUUACUUUUACAGUACUAAGAUGAACGCUAUGGGUGUCCCGGAGAAUGACAUUCUUCUGCUCCGACCUAAAAACGCAUUCAGAUUCUCGAGACUUCUUCAACCCAUCAAAUUGCCUAGGGAGGGUGAACAACCCCCGAGCAAACUUUGGGUAACUGGAUGGGGUGCGACUUACGCAACGGUACGUUUAGUACUUGUUUAUGUAAAUAUAAUCGAAAAACAUAAACACCAGAAGAGGAUUGCGUCUGAAAAAUCGGCAUGA